GGGCAGGCACUCUUGAAGUUUCUCCGUUCUCUGUCACUUCUCCAGACACAUCCAAGGCAAGAGUGGCCGCUGAGCUGCCGGGCCCAGGACUGAGGAGUUUCACGCUACACCUGGGUCCUGACUGCAUGAAGCCUGCUGGGGCGCCGGACUGCAGGGAUCAUGGAGCCCUUCAGCUCAAGGAACCUUGCCCUGCAAGCGGAGAAGAAAGUCUUGAGCAAGCUGGCCGGGCGGUCAGUGGCACACCUCUUCAUCGACGAGACCAGCAGCGAAGUGCUGGACGAACUUUACAGGGUGUCCAAGGAGUACACCCACAGCCGGGCCGAGGCCCAGAGGGUCAUCAAGGACCUGGUUAAGGUGGCCAUCAAGGUGGCGGUGCUGCACCGCAACCAGCAGUUUAGUCCCAGCGAGAUGGCCCUGGCGGCCCGCUUCCGCCAGAAGCUGCGCCAGGGUGCCAUGACUGCCUUGAGCUUCGGCGAAGUGGACUUCACCUUCGAGGCGGCCGUGCUGACUGAGCUGCUGACGGAGUGCCGCGACACCCUCCUGGAGCUGGUGGAGCACCACCUCACGCCCAAGUCUCACGGCCGCAUCCGCCGGGUUUUUGAUCACUUCUCGGACCCCAGCUUGCUCACCGCCCUCUACAGUCCUAGCUACGCCCAGCAUCUCAGCAAGAUCUGCGAUGGCCUCAGAAAGCUGCUGGACGAGGGAAAGCUUUGAGGGCUACUUCCCCGACUCCACUGACCCCACCGAGGCAGCAGACUCAAAGAGACACCUGGCCCGGCUCUCCAGGUCCUGGCUUGGGUCUCCUUGGAGUGUGGUGGGCUCUGGGGACCAGCGGGGGUUCAUAGGCCCUUCCCUCCCCUGGGCCUCUGGACACCAGGACAGGAAACGAAGCUGCCUGAAAAAGUUGAAGUGAAAGUCGGAUCUUCUACUUCCCCCUAAAUGAGACACAUGAUGUGGGGAAACCCCUUCCAGGAGGAAGGAGAUCAGUACCCCAAGCUGCUGAUGGGGGAGGCGUCAAACUUGAGGCCAGGCCAGAGACAGAUGCGAUGGAGGCCAGAAGCCUCGCUCCCAGAGAGGGUCAGGACAGGGGAAGAUAGUCAGAAGGGAAACAAAUCUGCUAAAACUUGUACAGGGCUCCAUGUUUAAUCUCUGCAGUUUCUAACAACUUACUAUCAACAUAAGGGAGAGGGGAAUGGGAAAACACAUUCACUUUUCUCCACAUCCAACGUUAAAUAACAAAAUAAAGCAGACUCUUAGCCCCAAACAGCCUCCCUAGCCUGCUGUUUUCACUUCAAAAACACGGAAACUACACCUCAAGCUGGUGCUACAAACCACAAAUAAGUAUGCAA